AUGCCUGUGGUCAAGGGUGGUGUUUGGACUAAUAUAGAGGAUGAAGUUCUUCGCGCAGCUGUGUCGAAGUAUGGACUCAACCAGUGGGCGCGUGUCUCAUCGUUACUUGCGCGUAAAACACCGAAACAAUGCAAAGCAAGAUGGGUAGAAUGGCUGGAUCCUGGUAUUCGCAAAAUCGAAUGGUCAAGGGAGGAGGACGAAAAGCUGCUUCACUUGGCAAAGCUAAUGCCCACCCAGUGGCGCACCAUCGCACCAAUUGUUGGAAGGACCGCGACACAAUGCCUCGAGAGAUAUCAGAAACUUCUUGACGAGGCUGAGGCACGUGAAAAUGAUGAAUUAGGCCUUGGUGGCCCUGGAGGAGAGGCACAUGCGCCUAGUGCUGAUGACGUUAGACGGCUGAGACCGGGCGAGCUUGAUCCCGAUCCCGAGUCGAAACCUGCCCGACCUGAUACGAUCGAUAUGGAUGAAGAUGAAAAGGAAAUGCUCAGCGAAGCUCGUGCUCGCCUGGCCAACACUCAAGGUAAAAAGGCGAAGCGCAAGGCUCGAGAGCGUCAACUUGAAGAAUCCCGUCGACUAGCUGUCCUACAAAAGCGCCGGGAACUCAAAAACUCCGGUAUCAAUAUCAAAGUUGUUACUACCAAGAAAGGUCAGAUGGAUUACAACGCCGACAUUCCUUUUGAAAAAGCACCUGCUCCAGGUUUCUACGACACGGCCGAGGAGCAAGUCCGAAACGAGAGGCAACGUGAGCUGUUUGAUCCGCGGAAACAGCAACUAGCGAACAAACGCAAAGGCGAUCAAGAUGAAGAUGUUGAGCGUAAAAAGAGGAAAAACGACAAGAAUCAGGCUACAUCAGCUGCGGCUGCCCAGGCUGGUCGCAUGCAAAAGAUACGAGAAGCUGAACAACUCAGCAAACGCCGUGGUCUUAAUUUACCCGCCCCCCAAGUAAGUGAGAGCGAAUUAGAAGAUAUCAUCAAAAUGGGCAUGGCUGGAGACAAGGCUGCGAAGUUGGCCGGUGAAGAAGAAGGCACUAGGGGCUUGAUUGGCAAUUACGCCGCCAUGACUGGAGCGACUCCCAUCCGGACUCCUCGAGCUCCUCCUCAAGAAGAUCAUAUUGCGAACGAGAUUCGCAACAUCAGAGCACUAACCGAAACUCAAUCGUCUCUUUUGGGUGGGGAAAACACACCACUUCAUGAAGGGGGAGCUUCCACUGGAUUUGAUGGCAUUGCCCCUCGGCGACAAGAAAUUGUCACACCGAAUCCAAUGGCUACGCCCUUCCGGCAUGGUGCAAAUGGUAUUGGUGCCACACCUAUGCGAGGUGGUAUCGGCCCCGGAGCGACACCGUUACGCACACCAAGGGAUCAGUUUUCUCUCAAUAUCGAAGAUGGGAGUCAACUUAUCGGCAGCACACCCCGGGAAGUGAAAAUGCGCGAGAACUUUAUACGUCAACAGCUUCAUGGCAAGCUUGCUUCCCUUCCAGAACCGAAAGAAACAGAAUGGGAACUGGAAGAGCUUCCAUCAGAGUCUCAAGAACCGGUAACUGGCGGCUACGGGCUCGAAGAGGAUGCUGAAGAACGUGAUCAACGCGAAGCACAGAUCCGUAAGAAAGCAGCCGAAGCAAAAUUUAGACGCCAGACACAGGUAUACCAACGAUCUUUGCCGCGUCCUAGCGUAGUCGAUCUGACUGCACUUUUAAAACAAGUUUCGCAUAUCACCGACCCGAUUGAGAAGCUUAUUGCCAGUGAAGCUACGAAACUCAUUGCUCACGACGCGAGGAAGCAUCCAAUCCCGGGUAGCAAGAUUAAUGGCAAGCCUCCAAAUCUCGACAAGAUUGAUGACAAGUGGCUUGAAUCUGCGCGUGCUGAAAUUUUAAAUGCCAUUGCUUCUACGGAUGUCCAAUCUCAAUGGCAGGCUGACUUUGAUGCAUCCUGGAGUUCAACACAUGAAAACUCACUACCUGGUCUCGCUAUUUAUGAUGACGAUAAUGAUGCAUUCCGGCAAGAGCAGCACAUGAUCAAUUCUUUCGACAACGUUCAAAAUGCUCUUAUGGCAACCGCAGAGCAGGACAACAAACUGGAAAAGAAGCUUGCUUUGCACUUUGGCGGAUAUCAAGCGCGGGCGAAAACUCUCCGAGGCAAGAUAGUAGAAGCGAGCUCUGCUCUUGAAAAGGCCAGGUUCGAUUUGGAUACAUUCCGUACACUGCAGAUUGGAGAGGAUGCGGCACUCCGCAAUCGACUCGAGCAGCUACGUGAUGAAGUCACCUUGGUAACUCGCAGGGAACGUGAAGCUCAAGAUCUAUAUAAAACUCGGAAGGAAGAGCUUGAUGGACUGGUGGAAGACAAAAUGGUCGCGCGAGAGGAUGCUGGAACACCCGAUCCGGUGGAAAAAGGGUUCGCCACCCUCAAUACUCUCAGGAUCGGUGUGAAGGCCAUGGUCGAAAAGGAUGGCCGCCAUAGAAAAGCUGAGAUUCUGUCUAUGAGACAGCGGAAAGAUGCUCCUUACUUCUAUGUACACUAUGUUGAUUUCAACAAACGUUUGGAUGAAUGGAUUCCGGCGGCUCGCAUUGAUCUGUCGCAAGAAGUUGAGUGGCCUGCACCAGAGAAGCCAGAGAAGAAAAAGACCGCAGGUGCGACACAAAAGGUUCCCAGCAAAGCUGCGAGUCAGAAACGUGCCAGGGCGGAUAGUCGAGACGUGUCUUCGACGCCAGACUUACUCACCGGCAAAAAUGUAAAUGUCAGCAAGGCCAUACGUCCCUCAAAGGCUGGUGGGAAAGAGAACCGCGCCGAAGAGACACCGUUGAAUAUAUCAGUCACUGGCUCCGAAGCAGUCUCCACGGAUGGCACACCAAAGGCAGAUUCUGAAGAUGUCGAUAUGGUUGAUGCCAAGCUUGAACCCCAGGAGAAGAUGCUAGGUGAUAUGACACGUGAAGAAGAGAUUGAGAAACUGCGAACAAGUGGAAGUAUGACCCAGAACCCGACCGAGAUACAUCGGGUUCGGAACUUGACUCGGCUCCAAAUGGGCAAGCAUGAGAUGGAACCGUGGUAUUUCUCGCCAUAUCCAGAGUCCUUUCAAGACGCCGAUAUUGUCUACAUUGAUGAGUUUUGCCUGAGUUACUUCGACGAUCAGCGGGCAUUUGAAAGACAUAGGGCAAAAUGCACCCUUGUUCACCCACCAGGAAAUGAGAUUUACCGGGACGAUUAUAUAUCCUUCUUCGAAGUGGACGGCCGGCGGCAACGCACAUGGUGUCGAAAUCUGUGCUUGCUGAGCAAGUUGUUUCUCGAUCACAAAACUCUCUAUUACGACGUGGAUCCUUUCCUGUUUUACUGCAUGUGCACUCGAGACGAGACAGGCUGUCAUCUCACAGGCUAUUUUUCAAAGGAAAAAGACUCUGCUGAAGGAUACAAUCUGGCUUGUAUCUUGACGCUGCCGCAGUACCAACGCCGAGGUUUCGGACGUCUUCUCAUUCAGUUCAGUUACGAGCUUAGCAAGCGAGAGGGAAAGCUUGGAUCUCCAGAAAAACCACUAAGUGACCUUGGUCUUUUGAGUUAUCGUCAGUAUUGGAGGGAAGUCCUCGUGGAAUUAUUGGUGGAACCUGGCCGCGAAGCAAUAAGCGAGUUUGAUCUGGCAACCUUGACUGCCAUGACAGAAAAGGACGUGCAUGAGACACUGCUUGUUCUCAAUAUGCUACGAUAUCAUAAGGGAAACUGGCUCAUAGUCCUACCGGACGCAAUCAUCGAGCAACACAAUAAAAGAUUAGAAAAAGAAAAGAUCAAGGGUGUUAAAAAGAUUGAUCCCACACGGUUACAGUGGAAGCCACCUGUAUUCACAGCUUCCAGCCGGACCUGGAAUUGGUGA